GCCACACCGGGAGGAUGCGUACCUGAAGGAAUACAGUAGUUUGUGACACAAUGCAAAUGAAAUGAUCACAAUCGAAAUUUGCAAAUAGACUCUGUGGCAAAUGAUUCAGUCUCUGUUCCACGUGAAUUAAUAAAACAAACCAUUUCUCAAAGUGUAUCGACUUCCAAAUGACAAUAUGAAUGAAACGAUCACAAUAGAAAUUUGCAAAUAAAUUCUGUGGGAUAUGAUUCAGUCUCUGUUCCACGUAAAUUAAUAAAAAAAAUCAGUUCUUAAAGUGAACUGAUUUCUGUACGAUUCCUGUACUACGGACACCUUUUCCAAAUGUGUACCUUGUGAAAAUGUUCUAAGUGUACUUUGAUUAAAUCUCUUUAUGUGCUGGACUUUAAAUCGAAAGAGUUAUUUGUACGAUCCGGCAUCCUGGUCCGAUACUCAUCUUAAAGCUGUCGAGUGAUCUUAGCAAAACAAACACCGGAGGCAGAGAGGCUAAAAAUGUAGAGAUUAUUAUUGAAGCUAUCCUGUCUUUUUGACUAAACAUCGGACAAUGAGAAACGGUUAAAUUAUUACUUAUUUACAAUAAAACAUUUCUAUAUAAAUCGCAAUCUAAAGAUCUCACGUCCAAUAAUGACUCGUUAAUCGUGAAACACCUACCUUCAAAAGUUGAUUUAUUUAUUAAAGAUUACUUACCCACAUCGAUAAUCGUUUUGAUUUAUUAAUCCUCUGUCGUCUUGAUUAACUGAACGAAACAACUGAACAAGUCACGAACUUCACGUGAAACGCGGGCUGAGAGUUGAAGUGAUACUACGAACGAUUGACUAACUAUGUAAAGCAAAAGACGACUCGUCGACAAAUACUUUCGGAUAAUUGAUCAAACCUAUGAUCGCCGUCGACGAACUCGUAAAACAGUUACCUAGCACGACGUAAAUAGAUGAAAAUCGAAACUGAACUACCGGCCAUCCGACACGUGUGUCCCGCGACGAUCGCGUUCGCUAACGAAGCCAAGAAUUCGAUUCCCCGAGCACAAAACCGUUGAACAACAACUCAUCGAUCACGCCGGACAAUAAAACCGAGAGACUCUAUCGACAAUUUUACUGGCAACGUUUUAUUCCCGUAAUUCACAAUAAAACACGUAUGAACGCGCACCUCGAACAAAUCACGACUUAAGGAACUGGCAACCACUUGACGUUGGCAGCGAAGGAUACAGUUUCUGUCCCUCGGUGCGCCUCCAAACGUAAUUUUCGAUUAACUAUCGAUUAUGCAUUGGGGAUCGGCGUUCAGACAUCUCGCGGCGACUCGCGAAUAUGCACGAGUGGUGUUAACGUUGAAACGUUGGUGAGAAAGUUUCGAGGAAAGUUUCGGUGCGGACGAAUAAUUGUGCGACGAAAGAAGAGAGAAACGAAGGAGGCGAGAGUCUCGAAAGAAGUUCCCUGAAAAAUGAGGAGACGAGCAAAAACGUGAACAUCGAACAGGCGCAGCCGAAUCCGAAGAAUCCAUAAACGGGAACCCUCUGUCAUCGUUAGGGUCUCGUUUCCUUGUCCCGAUCGCGGACCUAUUUCGAAACGAUACCGGGAAUGAUCUGGGCUGUCGUGUCUACGUUCGAUAUUCAGUAUUCGUUCAUGAGGGGGCGAAUAUUUCUUCGGUUUCACGUGCAUUCCGGAAGUGGACAGUGAACUAUGCGGAACAGAAGACAGAGCAGAGGUUCGGGGGUGAACGAGACGAUGGGACGUUGCUCGUUCGUGGACAAAGUCCCGUAAGUCUACGGUUCAGUCUGAUUCAGACCGGCCGAAUUCCCUUUGAGAGAACCCGCUGAUUCGACAUGGAAGGGAACCUGACGAGCUCCUGGACGAGCAACUUGACAGCGAUGUUGCACCAGCUACCUUGCAACGAUAGUUUCCUUGGGUGCAUCGAUCAGUGCGGUUCAGGAUUCGAUCAUAUGUGCGCAGUGGAUAGAGGAACGUCGACGAUGACGCUGUUCUGCAGGCCCUGCGAUUAUUCCAGCUGUGAUAUGAACGUGUCGUUGGUACUCAGUGGACUGGAGAGCUUCGAGGGUGUCUUCUUGUCGAGGAUACCCAGGUUCAGGGAAUGCAACGACACCAACUUCGAUGAUCAGAUUUUGGAAUGCACACCGACAGGAAACGGGACGACGGAGGAUCUGACGAUCUCCUGCUCUCACCGGACGAGAUUAAGUUCGACAACUAGGGGCCGCCGUUUCGACUGGAGCUUCCUCUUCGUGGCUGUGUUCAUCGUGGCGGGUGGCUUGGGAAACAUACUAGUCUGCCUCGCCGUGGGACUCGACAGGGGGCUUCACAAUGUUACCAAUUACUUCCUUUUGUCUCUCGCCGUGGCCGAUCUCCUCGUCAGCCUAUUCGUGAUGCCUCUGGGUGCUAUCCCGGGAUUCUUGGGGUACUGGCCGUUCGGCGUGGUCUGGUGCAACGUCUAUGUGACGUGUGACGUGCUGGCGUGUUCAGCGAGCAUAAUGCACAUGUGCUUCAUCUCGCUGGGCCGGUAUCUGGGCAUCCGAAACCCGUUGAGGACGCGGCACACGUCCACCAAACGGAUGGUCGGCUUCAAGAUAGCGGCUGUGUGGCUCCUAGCCAUGCUAGUCUCUAGCUCAAUCACGGUAUUAGGUAAAACAUGUAUACGCGACGCAGUAUUGUCCUCGCGAAGCGCGUUUGACGUAAUCCAGCGAGCAGGCGACGUCUCCCGACGGGGACAGUUUUGUAGUUUAACCGAGUUAAACACGGGGCCUCUGUUACGUUACAAAUAUAACAGGUGCAAGGGCGCGAGGCCGAGAAAGUCUCAACCGCAGCUGAAUUUCGCUACCGUGAACGGCGCGGGUAACUCGGCCGGAAGCGCGACGAAACUGCCGUCGAAAGUGGAUCAGGAUACUCAAACGCCGGAGAACAUUGCGCGCGAAACAAGGAAUUUCACUCUGAGGGCUCUGAGGCUGCAACUAAACGUCACGCCGAACACCCUCAAUCUCAGGUUCCUCGCGGGUCGCACGAAGAGGAGGUCCCUGGCUGCGAACGCCGUAGCCACGGAGCAGAAGGCUAGCAAAGUACUGGGCCUCGUGUUCUUCACGUUCGUCCUCUGCUGGGCACCGUUCUUCCUUCUGAACAUCUUCUUCGCUGCCUGUCCCGAAUGCUCAGUACCUGCGCACGUGGUGAACACGUGCUUGUGGCUCGGUUACGUGUCCUCUACGAUCAAUCCGGUGAUCUACACGAUCUUUAACAGGACUUUCAGAGCUGCGUUCAUCAGGCUCCUCAAAUGCCAAUGUUCCAGGUCAGCGAGACCGACGAGAUAUCGCUCGGUGACGGAAGGUGAACGGAACGCGAUGAGCCUGUGCACGCCGACCGCGUUGCCGUUGGCCAUUAGUCUUCAGGGUACACCGCUGUUGACGCCGACGCCGAAUCCGACGGCAACGCCGGCAUCGGGAAGCUCCUACGUGACGAUGAUGCAUCGCACGCCCAGCUCUCUUUACCACGACACCUUCCAUCAACACGAGCACGAUCAGAAUUGUUGAACAG